AAAAAAAUAAAUGUUACUUUGCCAGUUUAUCAAUAUUAAUUGCGGUUAGAGUUACCAUCGAAUUCAUACAACUGAUUCUUCGAUUAUAACACUUAUUAUUAACGCAUAAAGCCGGAUUUAAUCAUAACAGAUUUAAAUGGCUAGAUCGACUGGUCUCAGUAUCAUUGUUCUAUUGUCGUCUGCAUUUUGGUGUGACUGCAGUAAGCCUAACAUAGUUAUUUUUGUUGCUGAUGAUAUGGGCUUUGCAGAUGUUCAAGCAUUUGGAAAUCCAUUGUCGUACACACCAAAUUUAGAUGCGCUACUAAGAGAUGGAUUAAAAUUUACGCAAUUCUAUAGUGCGUCUCCAAUAUGUAGUCCAUCAAGGGCUGGUCUUCUAACUGGACGCUAUCCUGUACGCACGGGAGUCUGGAAUAAUGAAGAUCAUAGUGCUGUUUUCCAUCAGGAAACUACGGAAGGCCUGCCACACACUGAGGUUACCAUUCCGGAAAUGUUGGCUAGGCAAGGCUACAAGUCCUCCCUCAUCGGCAAAUGGCAUCUUGGUGUUGGUUACAAUAGAGAAUAUCUUCCCUUGCAUCACGGUUUUGAUAAUUAUUUUGGAAUUCCACAUACUCAUGCAGAUUGUCCGUGUGAAAAGUGUUUUUUUCCAGAUGAUAAUUGCACAUCCCAAGAUGGCUGUAAUUAUUCACACGCUCCGUGUCAACUAAUGCUUGGAGAUGAAAUAAUUGAGCAACCCGUUGAUUUGAUAAAGUUAGCGGAGCGUCAAGCUAGAGCAGCGAGAAGUUGGAUUCGGGAAUAUGCUUGUACCAGAACUCCCUUUUUUCUCAUGUAUGCUUUCUUACAUACUCAUAUACCCAAUUUCGCAGGAAAAAGAUUUCGGAAUACAACUCUAGGCGGUGAAUACACUGACUCAUUAGCGGAAUUAGAUUGGCAAGUAGGAGAAGUGAUGGAUGAAUUGAAGAAGAGUGGAGUAAUUAACAAUACGUUAGUCAUUGUAACUUCUGAUAAUGGAGCGGCCUUGGGGGCUGUAACAAAGGGCGGGUUUUCCGGAGUGUUAAGGUGUGGAAAAGGUUCGACUUUUGAGGGCGGAGUUCGUGCGCCUACUGUAGCUUUUUGGCAAGGCCGUAUCUCUAGCGGAAUAUCAACCGAAUUCUUGAGUCAACUAGACAUCUGGCCAACGCUGAGAAGUUUAAGUGGUUCCUCUCCAGAUGAUUUUAACGUCAUUCUGGAUGGGUUCGAUUUCUCAGAUGUACUAUUCAGAAAUGAAAAGAGUACAAGGUCAUCCAUGCUGUAUUAUCAUACGAAGCCUGAUCCAAGAUUUGGACCGUAUGCAGUUCGUAACGAACGAUAUAAAGCGCAUUUUAUUGUCGACUGUGAAGAAGCAUGCGAAAGAAGUACUUCGCAAUCGGAUUGCACCUCUACCUUCCACGAUCCUCCACUUCUCUACGAUCUCCUUCUUGACCCGGAAGAGCGCCUUGAUUUGAGUAAAUUUGAGGAAUUUCAGCAAAUUGUUCAAGAUAUGACAAACCUUCGGCUUCAAGAAUCGCGUAAAGUUCAAUUCGCAAAAAGCGUUCUUAAGGCAACAGACGAGGAUGUACAGCUAUGUUGUGAUCCCGGAUGUCAACCCUUCCCUUCCUGUUGUCAAUGUGCAUCUAACUAUACGGAGGAAAUGUUUCCCUUAAACAGGGCAUGUCAUCUAGAGUGUUAAAUGCAAUGGACCAUUCCGCUGCCUGCCCUCUUGACAUAUGUCCCCGUGUGUUUGUGCUGCAUUUUCCAUUUGUUUAUUAUAUAUUUGUCUCGAUAAAAGGUUCCUAGAUUUCUAAAGAAGCCAUUGCUAGCCAUAGUUCUAUAACUAAAAAAGAAAGAAAUUAUAAUCCACAUUUGCCUUGAUGUUUCAUUCAGAACAGUUGAUUAGUUUUGAAAUAUCUGGUCUGGGACGUUUUCAUUAAAACGGUCCUCAUUUCCACACCCUACUAAGGGUCGUAGCCAUUAGGUUUCAACCUGACCACAGACCACAAAUAAAUUAAUUAGGUUUCGAAUUAGAAAAAAGGCUACAUUCCACCUGUAUGUUUAGACUCAACCUAUCUAUUAUUGACAUAACUGAGGAACCACAAGUCUGUGAACUCUGGGGUGAAUGGUUAAUGAUACUUUAAAAUUAUUUAUACAUUUACAUUUCUCUUUAGUAUAGGGCCUAGGAUUUAUAAUGAUUGAUUAAGAAACUAGGAUGCAUUUUUCUACAAGGCCGCGGCCCAGCCGUGCCAGGGACCAACAUACCAAAACCUGGAAAGAGGUUUUGAACAUGACGAUUAUGUCAAUGUUCUGAUGCUAUACAAUUAUUUGACAUCAUUAUCUGUUCUGUCAGUGACAAAAUUUCAUUGUAAAGUAUACAAAUUAAAUAGUAUUUAAUUAAAGAAA